GAAGCUGUUGAGAAGGCAUCGGUAGCUGGUCUUUUUCUGUUGGAGGAAGUGGGCGCAACGUGGUUAGCCGGGAGAGGCGCCGAGGAUCCGGCAGGGGACGAAGCGGACGGACGGACGAACGAACGAACCGGCUGUCUCGUUGAGGCCUGGUUGUAAGCCUCACGCACCGUGAACGUGGCCUCAGGAAUGUCAAAUGCAAAAGAGAAGAAAAGAGCCAAGAAAAUGAAAAAUCAGCCUACUAGUGUGACCUUUCCCUUUGAUGGUGGGCCUAGUCAGAGUGAAACACACAUUCGGAAUGGAGGUGACAGAACUCCUCAACGCAAGAAACAAGAAUUGCGUUUUGAAACCUCACAACAGGGCUUCUCAAAUCAAAAAGCUUCCCAAGCAAUGCCUAAAUAUGUAACAGUGUCUCCUUUUGUCCAAGCUCGUGCUGCUGAAAUAAAGGCUAUGUUGAAGGCUGUUACACAGAAGUCUUCAAAUACUUUAGUGUUUCAGUCUCUUCCUAGACACAUGAGGAGACGAGCUAUGAGCCAUAAUAUCAAACGCUUACCAAGAAGACUCCGUGAACUUGCAAGAAUAGAGGCAGAGAAACCUGAACAUCAGAAAAAGGAACUCCCAAAGAGCAAGUGCCGUAAAGCCAGGCGGCGUCAUACAGAUUUGGUGGCAGUGUUCAAUCGCAGGCAAAAGAAGAAUAUCUGGUUGGAAACGCACAUCUGGCAUGCAAAACGCUUUCACAUGGUGAAGAAGUGGGGAUACUGCUUAGGAGACAAGCCCACAACAAAGAGCUAUAGGGCUUGCUACCGAGCCAUGACAAACCACUGCCUCCUUCAGGAUUUAUCAUAUUACUGCUGCCUGGAGUUGACUGGAAAAGAGGAGGAACUUCUAACAGCACUUGCCCGAAUGUGUAAUGUAGAUGCAGGGCCGACAUUUGCGGCUGUUCCGUGCCUAUCUGGGAAACGUCAGGGUGCUCUUACACUGUACCGAGCAGAUCGAUAUCCCGAAGAUGCCCUGGCCCCUGUUACUUUCAUCUGGAAACCUAGAAACAGGUCUGAUAGCACCUCUGAAAGCAGGCAGCUGUGGAUAUGGACACACCCAGCUUUUAAGCAGGACAUACUAGCUGAAUUAAAAGCAGUUUUCCAGUGUUCUGAGCCCAUAGAGUUCUAUAAUCCUGAACCGGUUAUAACGUUACCUGAAGAAGAAAGCAAAAUGGAUGAAGUUGAAAAUGUUGGCCAGAAAAGGAAGAGGAAAGACAAAGGAGGAGAAAGGGUUGUCCCAGUGAAAAAAAUUCUUGGUGAUGGAACCAGAGAUCCCCACAAGCCUUACUUCUGGACAUCACAAACAACUGGGGUUGUCAUAAGUGACUUGACAAUGGAGAUCCUCAGAUAUCGGUUGAUUGGUCCCCUCUCUCACUGCGUCCUUACAGAGGCACUGAAGGUUGCAUCUGUCCAUACUGAACUGGAUUCUACAGAGUCUGAAAUUAACAGUUGGUGGAUAGAAAACUGCAGAAAUCCUGAUCAGGUAUCCCUUCAUCGCCAUCAAGAAACCAUCUUUGAACUGCUGCAAGGGUUAAGUUCAUCAGAUAUUCCAUCAGGUACUGUACUAGGUUUGACUGUUGGGGAUCCUCGAGUGAAUUUGCCAAAAAAGAGAUCAAAAGCCAUGCCAAACCCAGAAAAAUACCAAGAUGAUAAGAAUGUUAAAGAGCUCCUCCUGGCAGGUGUGCCCGUGGAAUGUGCACAGAGCUUUCUUUGGAACCACCAUAUCUGCAAGAGUGUCACAGACAAUAAAAUGCCGGAACAGGCCUUGAAUUGUCUGAGAAGUCAACUCUUGGUACCUGGAUCACGUCUUGAUUUGGGCCCUCAAGAAUCCAAGGUUCCUGUACUCCUGGUCCAGCAUCCUGGAAAAACAGCUGGAGUCGAUCGGCCAGGAUGGGGAAGUGGCUGGGACAUCUAUUUGCCCAAAGGCUGGGGCAUGGCUUUCUGGCUUCCUUUUGUCUAUCGAGGUGCACGAGUAGGUGGUUUGCAAGAAGCUCUGAAGCAUUCCCUGUACAAGCGUACGCCUCAUGUCCCCCAUGAUUAUCCAGACUGUCCCGCUGGCCUCCAGUCUGCCAAAGAACUAGAGAGAAAUCUUCUUGAAAAGUUUAAGAGGCGUCCUCCUGCAAAAAGAGCUAAUUAUGUUAAACAUGGGACCUUGACACCAUUCCUCUGUCCUUGGGAUAAGCUUACCCAGGACUGGGAAGCUCACGGAAACGAAGCUCAAGGAAAACACAUCCCCCCAACAGCCCUAGACAGUGAAGCUUAUGCAAGUGAUGCACAGGUUUCUUGUGGCCCCAGCCCUGAAGCAGAGGUGGUGACAUCUUCUAUAACCAGCGAAUCAGAUCAGCUAACGGAGACGUGCUCCCAAAACGUGCAGAUGGAAGAAGAGGAAAAAGUGGCUGCAUCUCUCUUGGGUAGCAAAGUCACAUCAAGUUGGGCUUUCUGUGUUCUCAGGAGCAGAAAAUUAUUAAGGCAGGUUUCAGUCUGGUGUCAGCCUACAUCCGCCAGAAACCGGAAGAUCCAGCGCCUUGCUUCCAAACCAGAUCAGAAGAAGCUGGCUGGGGAUGCCCUCUUGCCUAUCUGUCUCCGCUAUCCCAGGGCACUAGUGUGGGUCAGCUUGUCCUUCCUCAAAAAAGGUAGCCCCGAAUUACACAGUAUGAUUUGCGUUCCAGCGAAAGAAGACUUGUUAGAGCUCUGCAAAGACCAGCACUUCUGUGGACCUCAGGAACCCAAACACAGGGAUCGAUUUAAGAGCAAAGUGUCGAAACAAAAGGGAAGGAAAAAGAGAGAGAACGUUGGCAAGGCCACAGAAAGUAGUGCUUCCAAUGCCAUGAGUGUAAUGCCAGCUGAACACGAAGAUCUCAUUCUGGGCCUGUGGCCUGACUCUCUGCCAGAAGUUGCAUCGCAUUGUUCCAGAGUCCUCUUGGGUUUUGUUACUCAAGGGGACUUCUCCUUAGCCUCUGGCUGUGGUGAAGCUCUGGGGUUUGUUAGUCUGACAGGAUUGCUGCAAAUGUUGAUUGGGCAACCAGCAGACAAGAAAGGGCUCGUGGUGUUAAGAAAUCCAGCAUCCCUACAGUACAGAUUUGCUCGGCUUACUGUUGAAGUCUAACCUGAGUUGAAAUGCAGUGGCAUGUAAGAGGAUCAAAGACACUCUUCUCUGAAAGUGUGCACACUUCUUAAUUGAGAUUCAGAGCUUCCAAAAAUGUUCACCGACUUUGUUCAUAUGUAACAUGAAAUAGACUUAAACUGCUAUGUACAUUCAGGUAUCAAGUAACCCCUUCCCUUAUUCAGAAGCACAUAUAUUGUAAACUGCCCAGAGAGCUUCUGCUAUUGGGCGGUAUAAAAAUGUAAUAAAUAAAUAAAUAAUCUGAAUUGGUAAUUUUUUUCAAGCACGUGGUAUUCCUUGUACAUUUAAACAAACCCCUCUUUAUAUUAUAGAGGAAUUUGGCUGAACUACAGAUCUCUGCCCCCUCCCAUCUUGUGCAACUGCAACCAUGCAUGUUUCAAAUAAUUAUUUUCCCAUUUUCCUGAAAGUGGCUUAUUGAGCCCAUAGAUUUUAGCAAGUAGAUAUAUAUAUAUUUGUUUUCUGACCCUUGGGGCCAAGUCAUGUCUGCAUACAUUACAACAACAUAGUUUCCCCUCAACAUUUCUGUUCAAACAAGUGUUUUGCCUGAAUCUGCCCAAACAGUUGAAAUAAAAUUAUGUUAAUAAAGCUAUGACUUGUUAAUUGCAUGAAAGGAUGACCACCCAUCUUAUCCUCAGCUCUUCUGAACAAAUAUAUAUGUUCUGCUCUGGAGAAGUCCUCAUUAUUGUUAAGAGAAGUUGGUUAGGCUUGCUCUCUUUUAUGACGAGAAGGUGAAAUCAUGUUACUAUGUUUUAAAUACAAACUGUAUUGCUUUAAAUGGGAAGUAACUUCCUUCAAUAAGUGUAUUGGAACACUUAAA